AAGAAGAAGAAGAAGAAGAAGAAGAAGAAGAAGAAGAAGAAGAAGAAGAAGAAGAAGAAGAAGAAGAAGAAGAAGAAGAAGAAGAAGAAGAAGAAGAAGAAGAAGGCAAGCAAGCAAGCAAUGGCGGCGAUGAGUGGGCUGUGGUCGCUCUGCCUCCUCCUCUUGGUAAGCAUUAGUAGUGUCGCACCGGCGCAGGCGGCGGAGAUGGAGAUUGAGGUUGUGCCGAUGACGACGACGACAGAGGAGCCGUCGUCGUCGUGCGCGAACCCGGUGAGCGUGGAGGCGGCGUGCCGCGGCGCGUCGGAGACGCACGCCGGCGUGGCGUACGAUCACUGCGUGGAGUCGCUGGGGGCGGACCCGCGCAGCAAGGAGGCCGGCAACAUGCACGGGCUGGCGAUGCUGGCCACCAAGCUGGCCAUCGACCACGCCGCAAGCACCGAGGCCAAGAUCGACGACCUGGCGGAGCUGGAGGAGUCGCCGCACGCGCGCGCUCGGUUCAACCACUGCCUGGAGCAGUACGGCGGCGCGGCCGACCUCCUCCGCGACGCGCUGGACAACCUCAAGGCGGAGAUCUACGGCAAGGCCAUGGAGCAGCUGUCGGCCGCGCUGGGCGCCUCGGAGAGCUGCGAGGACGCCUGGAAGGGCGAGGAGAGCAUCCCCGUCGCCGCGCACGACAGGGAGUACGGCCGGAUGGCGCACAUCGCGCUCGGCUUCACCCACGCCGCCGCAUGAUGACGAUGACGUCUAUCUCAGCUCGCGUCGCCUCCAUGCAUCUACCUACCUACCUUGUUCGAUUCAUCUGCUGCUAUUUAAUUGAUUCCAUCUUCCAUGUUGUGGUCGAUUUUGAUUUCAGAAUUAAUCUGUACGUACGUUAAUUAUUAAUUAGGAGAGGGGUUGUGCACUGUUGCUGCAUGGCCUCCAAUGCAUCCUUCUUAUGGGAGGGAUGGGGCAACGU